AUGUCAACAGUCAUAUUAACCGGUCUUGAUAGUCGUACAAACAGUGAUAUUGCUGAAAAUUAUUGUCAAAAAUAUGGUCGAAUACUUAAUUGUUAUUUAAAAUCCAAUCAAUGUACAGUAACAUUUGCGGAUAAACACGAUGCCGAAGAGUUCAUUCGUUCGUCGCCACAUCGUAUAGAUUCCAGUGGUUAUGUUGAUGCGACAUGGAAAAAAACUUUAAAUCGAACUUCUUCUUCUCAUCAACAACAACGUUCAGAUAAUAACAAUUGCCGGUUAACAGCUCACGGUACUCGUGAACAAUUAGAAGAAAAGAAUCUUAUUGAAUAUUUUUCACGUUUCGGACACAUACGCAUGUGUUUGCCGAAUGCAACGCAAACUGCUGCGACGAUCACAUUCGAUGAUCGACUAGGUUACGAACGAGCCCUAAAAGAAUCUCGACAUUUUCUUAACGGCCGUUCAUUAAUCGUCGAACCUUAUAAAUCAACCGAUGAAUUCGAAUCAAAUAAACGUAUGAAAUUGUCGGAUUCAAACCAAUCAACAUCAUCGAAUGUUAUAUCUAAAUUAGAAUAUGAAAAAGAUCAACUAAUCAAUGAACAGUCACGUAUUGAAAAUCAAUAUCAAGAACGUAUAAAAUUCUAUGAAUAUGAAAAUUUUCAAUUAAAUGAAUAUUUGAAAAAACAACAGAAUGAUUUUACUCAUCAAGUUGUACAGUAUCAAUAUUUAUUGAAGCAAAGUUUAGAUGAAAUAUUAAAUAAAGAUCAACAAAUUGAACAAUUAAAAAAAGAAAAUAAAGAUAUCGAUGAUCUUCUUCGUCAGAGUGUACAUGAUAAUGAACAGCAGCAAAUUCAAUUAAAAAAACGUGAAGAUGUGCAUAGUCAAACCAAGCAAAAAUAUGAAGAAGUCUACAAAGCCUAUAUUAAAUUAAAAGAUAAUUGUGGUGCUCAACAAAUUAUAGAUACUCCAAUUACAAGUUCGACUAUUAAUGUUCAUAGGCCAAAAUCAAGUAUUGAUAAUGUCAGAAAAAAACUUUAA